AAACUCUCGGCUAGUCGCGAAAAAAAAAUAACAUUGUAUAUUUGAAGAUUCUAAGAUGUUUUAAGAAAAAUCAUUAUACUUCUUUCUCCCUUCUUUGUAUUUUUAACCACUUAAUGUAGCAUUAUUGUGUAUUUUAUUAUUAUUGUUAUUAUUAUUAUUGUAUCUGGUACAAAAUGUGCAGCUUUAUAAUGUCCUGGUUUGUCUUUAUUUUUGUAUAUUCUCUGGAGAUUCGAGGAACUUGGAGAGACAAGUUGGGCCUUUUUUUUUUUUUUUUUUUAAAUAAUGUAAUGACUGCUAACUUUAAGUAAAAACAAGUAGCCACAAGUGUGACGCCUCGUCCGUCUGUCCGGCAACUACAAAACAACCUAGCACGAGAUCAUUUGGUAGCAGGCCAGAUGUGGAUCUCAAACACUGUCCCAAUUUUAGGGUCAGUAGGGACGCUUGCUCGCUGCACGUGAAGCCUCAACUAUUUGUUGAUUCCGUUUUUUUUUUUGGGAGAUAACCGCUAGCUUGUAUCAUGUUCAAGUGCAUUGACCUUGAGCUGCUGAUCAAAUAUGACGGUAGUUAAGAGUUUCUAAGAAAUGAAACUUAAUGGGAUUAUUUACUUUACACAAGAACAGUGGAGAAAAUGAAAUUGUCAGAAAAUCCACCUAAAAUGGCUCCUUCCAACCAAAUUGGCAGAUUCCCUGUUGAGUUUUUGAGCAUGUGUUGAUGUCGGUAUUAGUGCUGCAAUUAACGAAUCUUUGUAAUUAAUGAAUGUGUGAGCGUUUUAGUCAUUUUGUGUUGUGUGUGAGUUGUGUAGAUUGAUUUGUGGAAUUCUGUUUAGUGUGUAAUAGUAUUAGUGUUAUUCAUCAUGCAUUUGGAGUUUCUUUGUGUGUUGGUUUGUGAGUGUGAGACAGCAGGUGUUACUGCGGCGGGGGAGUCCAAGUGAGGCGGCUGGGUCUGGAGAGCCGUGAUUCACCGCCAGCGUGUAGGCGGUCGGCCAGCGAGCUUGGGCGAUAAUAACACGCUGUGGAACAUUUCUUUCUUUUCCCUUUUGGAUCAGCACAAUGCAGGCAACCGGCUGCGAGUUGUUCUGUUGCUGUAAUGGUCGUAAUGGGACAACACACUUAAGAGGAGAAGUUGCCGGGUCUUAAACUGGCCCACAUUAACCUUGAUUUUGAUAAAUAUUCAGAACUCAUUGUAGUAGGUCUAGCUUUCUAGUCUUCUACUUUUGUCCAGUUUAUAGUAUAGUCAUCCAAUUUGGUUAUCUUUAAGUACACAACCCAGCAUGCAGUCUUCAGUCUAGCAGUCCAGUUCUUAAUUUAAAGCAGACUAAACUAGACCAGUUCUUAGUUUAGACUAGACCAGUCUUGUAGGUUGGUCAAAAGCAGACUUCAUUGGGUAGUGUAUUUCUUAAACCAGACUACACCAAUUUAGUCAAGUCUAGCAGUAAAGUCCAAUUUCUACAACAGCAGACAAAAUGCACGUGAACGCGCACAGCAAAUGGGAGGGCGGACUCGGCGCUGCGUGCACGCGGAGGCGCGUUCGGGUGUCCCAUAAAACCACCCGAACUCCUCGCUCUCCUCUCAAUGCGACAGGACCGAACCUCAAAACGACUGACCCACACAAGCGGACAUCUUGAAGGAACGCCCGGCAGUUGAUUUUUGCCCACGACGCACACUUCCCAAUAUAGUCUGCCUCAGCGUGGGAUGCAGUAAACGAGGUGUGACAGUCAUGGGGGAUUCGUUCUUCAACUGCUGUUAUUUCCCACCUCAACCCCCAGGCGAGGAGGAGCCCAUCGGCUCCCGAACCCGCGGCGAAAGCAGGAUGGCCUCUCGCAUCUCCCCAGACAAGCGCUUCCUCAUCUUCUUUGACUUUGACCUGACCAUCGUGGAUGAGGACAGCGACGACUCGGUGGUGCAGGCGGCGCCCAACCAGCAUCUGCCCACCUGGUUGAAGGACACAUACCAACCGGGCCACUAUAACGAGUACAUGCAACGGGUGCUGGCCUAUCUGGCUGAGCAGGGCGUGACCGAGAGUGAACUCCGCAUGGUCAUGGAGAAGCUACCCUCCACCCCGGGGAUGAUGGCGCUCUUCCAAUUCCUGCGUAACCGCCCGCCGAACGACUUCGAGGUGGUCCUGGUGUCGGAUUCCAACACCUUCUUUAUCGAGUCCUGGCUGAGGCGAUCCGGCGCCCGGUCCGUCUUCCAUCGCAUCUUCUCCAACCCCGCCAACUUCAACAGAGACGGGCGACUGGUGCUGAGGCCCUUCCACUCCCACGAAUGCCCACGCUGCCCUGAGAACAUGUGCAAGCAGAAGGUGGUCCGGGAGUACGUCGUACGGCGGACCCAGGAGAGGGGCCGCCCAUACCAGAGGGUCUUCUACGUGGGCGAUGGUGCCAACGACUUCUGCCCGGCGCUCGCCAUGGGGCCCCGGGACGUGGCCUUCCCGCGACGAGACUUCCCCAUGCAUCGCCUCAUUACUGAAAUCCACGAGGCCAUGCCAGGGGAAUUCAAAGCGGUGACGGUGCCCUGGACCUCCGCUGAGGAGGUGAUCCAACGCCUUAGGAAGCUUGUGAACGAGUAAGGCCGUGAAUUAGGACAGAAAUUGGAAUCCAUCAAUUACACUGGGGGCAGAUACGGAAUCAGCACAAAAUGUCUCGAAAACAAAACUGAAAACUAAAAAUUGUUGGCCCAGUGUGAUUAGUCGUUGCAAAUAAUUGUUGGAGAGCACUACUCAUCUGCAAUCAGCAGAGGUGCUAUUGAGUUCGUUUUAAAUAGUUUGCCCUCCAAAGAAGAACAUAAAACCAGCUAUUCAAGUCAAAAAUGUUAACAAUGCAUCAAUAAUUUUCCCUAUUAAUUUAUCAAGGCAAUUUAUCUAAAUGCCCGUCCUUAAUAAAUUGACAUAUACUUGACCAUUUUAGAGCAAAUUAAUGAAAAACUGAGCAGAAAAUGAUAUCAAUGAAGACAAGAUAUAUAAUAUUUUUAAAUUAUUUGUCCCUGUAUCCUCCCAGAAAAGGUAAUCGGCCUACCAGAAACAACAUUGAAGGCAAUAAUAUUAUUGUUUUGGGUCAUUCAAGUCAUAUAUGUUUGUUUAGCUAUCAUGUCCUUGUAUUUUUGGCCUUCAUGGCGCAGGGGCACUCAAGAUCUGCCCUCAACGAUCAAUACAAAGCUCUUAAAUGUGUGUAUCUUAUCUGAUAGCAAUACCUGUUAAAUGUUUGUCUUGUGUCUUGCGUUAAAGCAGUCGUCCUGCAGAAAUAUUCUUUUACCGAGGUGCUUCUUUUCAAAUAUUUUAUAUAUGUACUGUAGGCGUUCUCAAUGUUUUGUGUCUUUUACUCUGUAGGCUAACGUCUACUUGAGGAAUUUGUUACCAGCAGCAAUACGGAAAUAAAGCCAUCAACUAAAA